AUGUCAUCGGGUCGUCCAAAGUUCGAAAAUGGCAUGCCAGGUCCAGUUGCAGGUUCAGGUCCUAGGCCACAAAAUCUGAGCGCAUCUCGACGUGGUCCCAUGGGUCGACAUGCUCAGUCGAACUCCGCGCUAUCUUCUAAGCUCCCUUUAUCACAGGGACAAGUCAUCGCAUUAGCACGGGAAUAUAUGAAUAAAGCCUUGGAGGAAAACAUAGUGAAAGCUACAGAGUCAAGCGCCGUCAGCAACGAGCUGAAGCCAGGAGUUACGAUCGAUUUGAGCCAUAAACGCAUACAAAGAUUUCCGGAGGAGGUUGUUGACAUCAUAAAAGUCGAGCUUGAACGACUUGCGUUAUCCCACAACGAGAUUCAGACCUUUCCCGCCAAAUUCGCAGAAUGUACCUCACUACGAUAUCUCAACGUUCGAAACAAUAUUAUUCGAGAGUUCCCGCUAGCAUUGACCUCUCUCGAAAUCCUCGACCUCGGACGAAAUAAACUUCGCACCUUACCACCAGACAUUGUGAACUUGACAUCAUUGAAAGUUCUAUCCGUCCAAAAUAACAGAAUUGAUGAGCUUCCUUUAUGUGUGGCAGAUAUGACGUCCCUUCAAAUUCUUAAAUUGGAUGGAAAUCCCUUAAGAUUUCCACCUAAAGAGGUUCUCCAACCGCAAGCCAUGAACUCCCCUAGUGGCGGUGGUCCGCAAGAAGGUGAGAUAGAUGAUAUUACUGUUACAACACAGAUCAAAAGAUUUUUGAAGCAGAAGGCCAUGGGUCGACCCGAAACCGAAUCUGGUGGAGAAGAAUCAAGCGAAGGUACCGAGACUCCGCGACCUAUGAAGCGUGUUGUAAGCGGUCGAUUCCCUAUAAAAGUCGACGGCGUUCCCCCUUCACCAGCUCAGCCUCGACCACCUCCUAUACCCUCUAGAUCGCAUCAAAGAGGCUACUCGCAACAGAACGCAGCACUCCGGCGACCUGGAGUCAUGCCUCUCACAAUUGGAAGCACAAAUGAAAGGGUUCGCAGUAACAGCGAAGGCCUCCUUCAGGCCAAUCGCGAUCGCCCAGACCGUUCUUCAUCAGAUCGCUCACGACGAAUGGGUAUUGUUUCAAGAAAAGCGGCCGAACUAGGAACCGUUGACGAGACAAACAAAUCUAAUCGUUACAGUCUUCAUAACAGAGGUCUCAGUCAUGGAUCUGCAAUGCAAGGUAACGGUACUGGAUCCAACGGCAACACGGUUAGUCCGGCCAGCCCAGCAGAUUCCGGUGGCCAGCGAGCCGCCUAUGUCCGUCGCUUGUCAAGUUUACCCGAACGCAAGCGAGAAUCUACUUCCCCAGAUCCUAUUAUUGAAGGAGCUAAGGGUGUAUUGUAUGCUUUGUUUCAAGUGCAUCCCCUUAUUGAAACACUGAUUGGCCUGGUUCGGAAUCCUGGCGAGAAGAAAUCGACACUGGAGAGAGUAUUUUACAACGCCAAAACACACGUAGAAGAGCUAGAUCAAGAUGUUCAACGCUAUGAUUCAUACUCGGAAGAAGACGAAGAGGCUUCUCCUAGGUCAAACGAAAACGUCAAACGUGCAUGUUUAACUUGCGUUGGUGCAUACAUUCACGUAUGUGCUCAACUAUCACAAAACGUGGAAAUCCUUCUCAUUAACGGCGAUCCUCGAUAUAUUCGUACGCUACUACUUCAAUUAUACGGAAGCGUAGCGGAAGUACGAAAUGCUGGUGCGAGCUUGUUUCCUCCUGGACAAAGCCGAGUUGGUAGACAGCCGGAAAGUAAUUAUGGGGCGGGGUAUCAAAUUAGAGAUAAAUCAGUCACUCCAACCCGAGACAGACCUGGCGCAAAUUUUAGAACGAGAAGCGCGACGGUCAUCCAGCACUCGAAUAAUUUACGAGUUGCAAUAGAUGCCCCACCACCAUUUGUCAACGGAAACGGACGUUCUGCUACAAUGACGAGCGCCACACCACGCUCUGGAGAGUCAUUUGUCUCAACAGGUACCAGUGGACGUAUGAUAGGAGCCUUUACCGAGGAGGAUAAAAUUUUCGAAAAAAUAUUUCUACGUCUACAACAAACAUCAGAAAUGGCUCUCAGAACCCUUCCCAAUGUCAAUGCCCAUUUCCUCGGGUCCAUGCAAAAAAGUGCCAAUUCAAGUAAUGCAGAUCUUGCCAAACAGUAUUGGCAACUAUUAAUUCAUAAAUGCACGAACGCAUUGAACAUAGCCGAUUCAUUGAAAUCUCGCCUAUCAACAAUCAAACUCAAAGAUCCUGAUAUCAGAGAGCAAAAGGGAUUCUGGGAGAUGUGUUGGGCGAUGGUAGAUUCAUAUCUCGAUUUAGUCGUCAAGGUCAAGGAAGUUAAAGGCGUGAUUAGUUUUGUUCCAACCGAAGUUAUCGUUCUUCUCAGACCUCUUCAAAGAGCUAUCAAGGAAACGGGACAAAUGAUCACGGCAUCACCUUGGGGUUUCCUAGCAAAUCGACAAGUAAAUGGUGGUUCAAAUGGUUCUUAUACAACACAAUCACCUGCCUCGCAAGUUCCUUUACCUAUGACCCCACAAAGUGCAGCUUUAGGACCGGCGGUUCAAGCCACUGUUCCCUCGACUCCACAAAGCUCAGCGUUUGGUGCAAUGUUUCAUGGCAAUGUCUAUGAACGUGCGGAUACUUAUUUAUCGAAUGGAUCAAGAGCUGGCACCAUGACUUCUCAGUUGGGUGUUAAUGAUGGACCUACAAUCAUGCUAAGUCCAUCUCACUAUAUGAACAAUCGAUUCAAUAGUAAUGGAAGAGUGGGCUUUUGA